CUCUAACUCUUCAGCAGUUCCCUCAGUUUGCCUCUUCUUUCACUCUGUGUGUUUCGAAAGGGGGAAAUCUUUCCUUGUCUCUUUCCUACCACCUUGGUGCGUCCUGUGAAUCCUUCAUCGUUCUCCGUUGACUGCAUGCUAUCGUUUCUCGUUUAAAGACUCAGUUCUCUCCUCUCGUGUUUCCUUCCAGUUUUCUUUUCGCUCCUUUGGUUCGCCUCUUUCGAGUCUCCCUCUGGGGCAAAUCCUGGGUCGCCUCUGGUUGUUGUCUUGCAUUUCUUUCUUGUCUUUUCUUCCGUGUUCCUUCCUUUCUCUCCCUCGUGUAUCUCUCUUUGAUCGCCGCGCCUCUCUUCUGCUACUCCCCCUGCAUUUUCUGUAUCGUGCACCGCAUCCUCUCCAAGAUGGAAGGAGGAAGCGGCUCUUUGUACGACGUCGACGACACUGCAGCGUCUCUGGCGGGGGACCCUUCGACUGUCGCGACAGUGCCUCGGGGACUGGUCAGGAAAGUGAAGAACAAAAGCGGCCAGGAAGAAGACAAAGUCGUUUUGAGGCUUCGCGCCUGCAUUUCUUGUCGCCUCAUUAUGAGCGAGCAACAGUUCUACGACGAAGGUUGUCCGAACUGCGGCUUCCUCCAGAUGGACGGAGAUCGGCAUCGCGUCUGGGACUGCACGACUGUCAACUUCGCUGGCUUUGUCGCGGUCAUGAAGCCGAUGUCCUCUUGGGUUGCGCGUCACAAUAAACUGACUGAAGUUGUGCCGGGCUGCUACGCGGUGUCUGUCGUUGGAGAACUGCCUGAAUCUGUGAAGGACGAUGUUCACCGAGCGUCUCACUAUGCAGACUGA